CUAAGCACAUUCUGCCCUCCCAUCGUCUCUCUCGAAUCUCAGUUGCGCCCACAUUGUAAACUUCGAUUUCGAACUCCCUCCCACUUCGAUCACAACUGUACUAACCGCAGCCCGUCAGUCCCGAGACCACUGCAACAGCCAAAAUGUCUGACGCCGGCGAGAUCGAGGUCGAGAACUCCGCCCUCUAUGAGGUGCUCCCCAAGGAUGUUGUCAAGGAGGUUGGCAAUGUCAAGCUCUUCAACAAGUGGGACUACGAUGUCGAGGUCCGCGACAUCUCCCUGACUGACUACAUUUCCCUGCGAAACCCCGUCUACGUCACCCACACUGCUGGCCGUUAUGCUACAAAGCGAUUCCGCAAGGCCAACUGCCCCAUCAUUGAGCGAUUGACCAACUCUCUGAUGCACCACGGCCGCAACAACGGAAAGAAGCUCAUGGCUGUCCGAAUUGUCGCCCACGCCUUCGAGAUCAUCCACCUCAUGACCGAUCAGAACCCCAUCCAGGUCGCUGUCGACGCCAUCGUCAACUGCGGUCCUCGCGAAGACUCUACCCGAAUUGGUUCCGCCGGUACCGUCCGACGACAAGCCGUUGAUGUCUCUCCCCUCCGCCGAGUUAACCAGGCUAUCUCUCUCCUCACCACUGGUGCUCGCGAGGCCUCUUUCCGCAACGUCAAGUCCAUUGCUGAGUGCCUUGCUGAGGAGCUGAUCAACGCUGCCAAGGGUUCCAGCAACUCUUACGCUAUCAAGAAGAAGGAUGAGUUGGAGCGUGUGGCCAAGAGCAACCGAUAAAAGGUGCAACGGCGGUAUCAUGAUUGGAAGGGUUGGCUUUGGCGUGUUCCGGCUUCUUUCAAGAAUUGCAUUUUGCGUUCAUCGGGUCUGGGAACGCGGCUAGGGAUUUUCUUAGGUGGCUCUAGAUUCAAUAAAAGUCGAGCUCCCUUAGAGGUGAAUGAACUAAAAUUCAAUGUAUAAGCAAAAGCUGUCUGUGUUUAUAAUUCUAUGGUUUUCCAUGUUCGACUUAACUGACUGUCUCGUCUCUGGAGAAAAAAACUCAACUUUUUGUCUUUCCCUUCUCAACUGACUGCAGUGGUAUGGUUGACUUGUUUUGGGGAAUAGAGAGCAACUAAUCUAGAGGGGAUAUCUUCUCUGAAAUCUCCAAGCGCUGAAACAUACCAACAUGAGGCAUACCCUCUUCCCACCAGGUGCCCAUCUCCUCAUCUACCUCAAAUCCCCAUUUCUUCCAAAGCUGUACCACCUGCUUCUGCGCGUGGACGCAGACGAGUCCUGACCACUGGGGAAUCACCAUGACAUCUCCGACUGGAUUGAGAUGUUCGAGGCCGACUUCUUUGAUGUUGGGAUUGAAGUAUGACGGGUGAGCUUUCAGCCAGCUGAGCACUGUAUUGACGAGAAGUCCAGAGAUGCCAUGUCCUCGGAACUCUUUGACCACUGCCAGUCGUCCUAGUUUUACAUACGGCUCUUGGCCAUUGUGGAAUGUCGUCUUCCGGUCUUUGAUAUAUGGCUUGAUCCCCGACGAUGCCUUCAUCUUCUUGUGCCCAUUCUUGUGUCCAUUCUGGCUACCAUUAUCGUCUUGGAGAAUCCCAUUCCAGUAUUUGCCCCCGUCCUCUGGGUGUGGGUCGUGAGGAAACGGUACCAGUCUGAUGGUUCCGAUCGGUGUUGAGCGUGUCGAGCUCUUCCGAGGUUGUAUCACAUUUCCCUCUUCAUUGCGAACCUCCAGCUCUUCGACCUUGUUGACGCUGGCGUAGACAACCCAGUGGCACGAACGAGGAUCAUCGUCAUCAACUUCAUUCUCGGCCGGAACAUUUUGCUCCUUAACAAAGACUUGCUCGCGAACUUCCAUGGCAUCCAGGAAAGUCUGUGAAAUCGACGAUGGCUGCUCUUCGAGAGGCGCUCCGCGUUUGUAUCCGUCAAGCUUGCUAGGCUCGAGGAGACUGAUGAACGGUGUCCCCAUUUUGCUUGUUUCUUUGUUGUAGCUCGGUAUAUUCUUUGGUAUGAUUUGAAGGUAGCACUUGAUAAACGUAUGGCUAAAUUGUAAGAUCGGUGAAGGUGGUAAUUGUGGGAAAUGUCUCUGCAGCGUGCAGACGAAAUGAUAUGAAUGCGUCGAGAUGACAGAACACCAAGUGUAUUGCAAGCGCAAGACUAAAAGGUAAGGCAGGUGAUGCAGGCACCUAUGAAUUGUUGCAGCUGAGUUUGGCUAAUUUGAGGAAGGGAUAAUAAGAAUUUAAAAAAAAAAUUCAAAAAAAAAAAAAAAUCGAGAAGUCGAUCUCAAAGAUGGCGGCGUGGUUGAUAGUAAUAUCAGAU